AUGAAAAGACAUUCAGCAAUUAUUUGGGCUACCAUAAGCCUGAUGCUAGUUCACCUCUCACAUUGUAACACAAAUGCAGGCGCUGACAACCUGGAUCAUACCGAUGGGACUACUGGUAUCGGGUUCGAUCUUGGAAGCGACCACGAGCCUUCACUACAGUCAUUAUCAUCGUCUUCAAGCAAAUGGUUUAAUGAAGAGGGUGAAAUGAUGACAGCAAUCAGAUCCGAUUUGCUGCGAUCAAUCUUAAGGAACGCUGUAAUCGAUGUAAGCCGAUACCUGACAUUUAUCGAUGCAACACCGAAUCGCGAUGUAUCGGCUGUAGAUGACACAACCUCAGACGACGCGCGCGUAUCUGGAAUGGAUGCGUUGCCCAGCAACGGGAAAGCUAUACAAGACGGCGGCGAUGGUGUUUCUCUUCUAAAACGAGGCUCGGUCCAGCAGCAUGCGCCGUUGAGGAAGCGGCAACUGAAUGCGAUCGAACGAGCCGUGAUUCGACAAGAGAUCUUGCGGAGGCUGGAGGAGAGCAAAAACCCCAUGGAAAUUCCGAUCGGACUUCGUUUUCGGAGAGCGCACGGCAACGGAGGAUUUUCCAGUCACUAUCCCAUCGUUCCUUUCGUGGACUCGUUCUUCCCUACGCAUCACCCCCUCGGAUCGUUUUCAACAAGACAUUUGUCAUUAAAUAGUUUUCUAGAUAGGCCUGUGCUACGAUAUUGAGGUCAUGCUGCCCCCCUCCCCAAUGAACACAGUUAAUUAUGACCAGGGAAUUUACGUUCGUAUAUCCGUGAUGACACUCUAUCAUGCUGGACCCUAGUCGUUGAAGGAAAAAGCCGAUAAUGGUGUCACAUUACUUUUGAGAGAAAAAAAUAAAGCUUCGUUUUCCUUUUCUUUUUUUUAUUCCGAAAGUAUAGUGAUUUUCAUGAUAAGGAUUAUGCAAAUUAAGCACUUUCAUUUCAUAAAAGAUCAAAUGAAUGAAAUUAAUAAGAGAUAAAUUUUUCUUGUACCCGAGUAAUGAUCCCACCCCCUCUCUCUCUCUUAUCCUUUUUGCUAAUAUUUAUUUCCUUCCUCCCUCCAUUACAUUAAAGGUCAAGUCCACCACAUAAAAGGUUGACUUGAAUCAAUUUAGAAAAAUCAAACAAGCACAACGCUAAAAUGUAAUCAAAAUAGAAUAUAAAAAAUAGGAAAGUUGUAACAUUUUAAAGUUUCGCUUAUUUUUCACAAAACAGUUACUAUGCACAACCCAGUGAUGUUCAAACGAGGCAGUCGAUGAUGUCCCUCACUAUUUAUUUUGAUUUUAUUGUUUGAAUUAUACAAUAUUUCAAUUCUUACAGAUUUGACAAUGAUGACCAACUUGAACAUGUUGAAUGACCCACGAAAUGAUUGUUUGAACAAUGGUAUAAUUCCACAUGUUCAGGGAGGAAUAUAUCUUUGUUCCACAUCACUCGAAAAAAAAGGUUUAUCCUAAAUUGGGUUAAAUGGGAACAUGCAUGUUGGUUGGGUAAAAAGAUACCCAAUAUUUUGUAAAUUUUACACAAUUUUGCUUUGAAAUAGCCCAAUAUGGGUUAAAAAAAAAUACCCAGCAAACAUGCAUGUUCCUUUUUACCCAAUAUUGGAUAAAAUUUUACUCAGUGGUUUUAGAGUGAUGACAAUGAGAAGAAAAUAUAAAUAUUUCAUAUUUUAUAUUGAUAAAGGACCGCUCCAAGCAUUUUACAUCAGUGGUUUCUGUUAGUUCGACACCCAUUGAUUCUAUGAUAACGUAUUAUUUUUACUAUUUUUCCACUACUUUGGUGUUAAAUGUUAAAAUCCAUUGAGUAAGAACCUGAGGGAAAUGGACUUAUCAGACCGUUAACUGGUUGUUCGACUUAAUAACAUUCCCUACUGGAAAGAACGCAGUGUCCCAAAGUGUGUUCACAGUGUGGAACACAAUGUGAAAUCACCUUCACACUGUUGAAGUUGAGAAUUUUAACAGUGCUAAUCACAGUCAUAUUCAAAUAGUCGACCGUGUGGACAGUCACACUGUCGAGGUGUCCACAGUGUGAAAAUAUCUUCACACUGAUGAAUCUGAGCAGUGUGAAUGAUAUUUUCACAUAGUCCACAUUUUCACAUAUGUGAACACGCUGUGAUCAUCCGCACUGUCGAGGUGUCCACAGUGUGAAAAUAUCUUCACACUGUUGAAAUUGAGCAUUUUAACAGUGUGAAUGAUAUAUUCCCUUAGUCAACAAUGUGAACACGCUAUGAUCAUCCGCACUGUCGAGGUGUCCACAGUGUGAACAUAUCUUCACACUGUUGAAUUUGAGCAUUUUAACAGUGUGAAUAACAUACUCAAAUAUUCGACCGUGUGAACAGUCACACUGUCGAGGUGUCCACAGUGUGAAAAUAUCUUCUCACUGUUGAAAUUGUGCAUUAUAGCAGUGUGAAUGAUAUCUUUACAUAAUCCACUAUUUGAACAUUCUGAGAUCACGCUGGUCACACAGUCAUGACAGUGGUUCUAGCAGGGUUUCAUGUAUUAUAAUGUACACUUCGAAGAAAAAUAAAUAUAAUUCAUAUUUUUAAUAAAUAAAUAUACAGUGUCUACAAGAAUUAUUUGUACAAUACAUACAGCAAUGCAAAAUGAGAAGAUGAACUAUGUUGGAACCAAAAAUUUCCUAAGUUGGCCAUCAUAAAGUAUAAUAAAUUCUAUAUCAUAUGAAAGAGGGAAGUUUAGCAAAUGCUCUGCACUAGGUUGGAAAUUGUGAUUGGUCAUGCAUGAACUAUUAUGAAUUGUGAAAUGCAAUAAUGCAUACUUUCAGACCUUACUGUGAUUAUUGAAGCGUAGCGCGCAACGCUUCAUUGAUCAUGACUUAUUUUCCUAUUUUUCUGAGAGAUGAGAUGAUAUGCUUUCAUUUGCUAUACAAUUCUUAAUAUUUUAGUCAGUUGUACGGAUUUCGUUAACGAUUUUAAACAAAUUGAUGUCUGACUGCUGUUGUCUCAUUUACUUUUAUGCAUGGGUGUAAUUUGAUUAAUUUGUAAUAUUCCAUUUCCUGUCAAAAUGAAUAUAAAAUGGAAAAGAAAGUACGGCCUUUGUUUGGCAACUACUUCCAAAUAGUGAUCAGUCAUGCAUUACUGAUUAUGAAUUGUUAAAUGCAACAAUGCAUGUUUUCAGACCUUGCUCUGAUUUUUGAAGCGUAGCACGCAACGCUUCAUUGAUCGUUCCUUAUUUCCCUUUUUCAUAUAGAUCUCUCUACAGUUCUUAAUAUUUCAGUCGGUAUUACAGAUUUCAUAAACGAUUUUUAAACGAAUGAUGCCUGACUGCUGUUGCCCCAUUGACUUUGUACAGGGGUGUAAUUAGAUUCAUUUUUAAUGUUUCAUUUCCUGUCAAAAUAAAUAAAACAGAUGUAAAGGAUCUGAAUUUUAUAUGAAAUGAAAGCAUGUCAUCUCAUCUCUCAGAAAAAAAUAAGAAAUAAAUCAUGAUCAUUGAAGCAUUACGGGUUACGCUUCAAUGAUCACAAUCAGGCGCGUAGCCAGGGGGGGCGAUGGGGGCGGUCGCCCCCCCCCCCCAAAUAAAAAAAACGUCCCCAAAAAGAAAAAAAAAGAAGGGAAUAAAGAGAGGAGAAAAGGAAAAGCGAAGGAAGGAAAGAGAAAAAAGGUAGCUUUGUGGGUUUUUCCUUUUAUUCUCUAUUUUAAAAAAAAAAGAAACUCCUUCACUAUUGCUCUAAAUCUAUAUAUAUGAAUUUUGCUUCCGCGCUGCGCGCGGUUAAAUGACAAUAUUGCAGUUCUCCUUUGUUUCCCUCACCCUUUCUCUAACCCUGUUUUUCCAUCUCAGCUAUAUGUGUUUCUUGCCAGUUAAAGUUCAAAUAUAUACAUUAGGGCAUGAAAUUAGAGUAAGGAUAGACCGAAGUAUAUGAAGUUAUCUUUUUUUUUUAAUUGGUCGCGCAAGUUGGGUCGGCUCCGGGCGAGUAAAAUCUUUAUAUCAAUUUCUGCCGUCACCUCCAUAUAGGCAACUUCUCCCGCUUUUCAGCUCAUUACUAAACAACCAUAAUUGGGGGCAAACAGGUUCCUAAUUUAAAAAGAGGAAGGUAUAAAAUUCGUGUCGUAUUAAAUUUAAAAAAAGUACAAUAUUUUUUUAUCAAAUUCUACUAAACUUCAUGUCAUUUCCUACACAUUCAUCUCCUGUCCUGUUUUGCGCCCUCAGUUUGAAAUUUUGAAUGACACUUAAAUUUCUUUAUCAUUCAAAAUGAAGCGCAUCAAGAUAAGUAAAAUAAAUUAUACAUCAUCCUGUUUUAUAUAAUUUCAAUAAAUCACAAAAGUUUCAACUUUUUGCGCACCAUUUUCCUUUUAAUGAAGUUCAAUAAUCUUAGAGGGAAAACAAUUGACGAAACGUCCGCCCUAGCUUUGAAAUUUCAGAGUUUCAUUGCUCUGCACGGGGAGGAAUAUCUUCCUCCCGGCAUACAUCCUUCUUCUCUGUUUUUCGAGUUAAAGAUAUGCACUGUCGCUAAAUUGUUUGUAAUCAAAUCUGGUCUUUCCAAGGGAUGUAUUCAAUACUGAUAACUUAGAGAAUACCCUUUUCUCGGGACCCUUUUCUUAAAAAAAAAAUGAUAAAACGCUUUAGCUUCCGCGCUUCGCGCGGGGUCAAUAUUAUUCUAAUUUCCUCCAUUUUAUCCCCUUUUUGUGCGUGCACAAUUACUUUUGAAAACAAGGUUCAAAAUCACGAUAUAGUCAACUGAAUUGGGGCUGAUAUAGGUACUAGAGACAAGAGAAACGGCUCCUUUUCAUUUUAAUUUAUGAAACACCGAAAGCUUCGCGCUUCGCAAAGGGAGGGGGAAACUCCCCCUCCCUGCACCCACCCACUAGGGAGCGCGCUUCGCGCGCUCUGUAAGUGUUGGCACGCUUCGCGUGCAUUUACCGCCCCCUCCAAAAUGAAAUCCUGGCUACGCGGUUGAUCACAAUAAAUAUGAAAAUAUGCAUUAUCACACUUAAUGAACUAUAAUUAUUCAUGCGUGACCGAUAACAAUUUGCAACUACAUGUAUAUGAAAACCAAAGACUAUGCUUUCUCUUUCAUAUGAUAUGUAAUCCAUUAGAGUUUACGAAAGCCAGGUUACAAACGUUUUACUUUUAUUAUAGUCCAUCCACUCAUUUUUCAGUGUACAAAUAAUUCUUGUAGACAUUGUACAUGUAUAUUAAAGAAAAUAAGCCUAUAUAAUAUGAUCCGUUUACAAACAUCCCGAGUUAUACAAUACCGUGCACUAGCCAAGGGGAAAUAAUUCAAAACUCAGAAUAAAUAGUUCUUUUUAAACAGAUAUCAAUUAUUAUUUCAAGUAAUAAGAAAAAAACGUAAAUUGGACAUGAUAUAAUCAGUCCACCUAUUGCAUAAUUCAUGUCAGCAUAAAUAUAAAUGUUUUCCCAAAAUGUUGCUAAACUUCAACAUAGUAUUGAUUGCAUUUUGUUAUCAGAUUGUUUACAAUGAUAUUUUUAAUCCAUUUUUUAAAAGAAUCAUUCAUGCCAUAAACAGUAAUCAAUAUAUCAUAUUUGUUAUGUAAUGGAAAAUAUAAUAUACGAAUGAUAUGAAUGCAGAAGAAAACAAUAAAUCAAAUCGAAUCAGAUCAGACUUUGAUAAAUAAUGUAGUCUCUGUGCGCUAUACGGAUGAAUUAUUUAUUAUUAUAUAAAUACAUGAAUUACAAUAUUACAAUUA